UAAACAGAGCCCUUCCGACGUCCAUAUCUUGUACAUAAACACACAUCCACCCGCCUCCACCAAAAAAUGCCGCCAACAAAGAAACCCGCAUCCGCCAGCGGUGCCAAAAAGAAAUCCAAGAGUAAAGAAGUAGUUGGCCAGGAUCUGGAACUCCAAGAAAAAUUCGUGAAAGCCGCAGCGGAGAAUGAGGCGCUUACCAGGGAACUCGCCCACCAAUCCAGCCUCUCCCACCGUCUCCAACUCACCAUCGAGUCCCAAGGUGCGCGUAUAACAGAUUUGGAGGACGUGGUGGAACGCAAGGGGAAGGAUCAGAUGGAUCUGAGCACAGACAUGGGGCGGCAGUAUAAGGUGAUGCAGAGAGAGAUGUGUGCAAAGGUGGCGGGGGUUGCAGGGGAUUCGGCCUGCCAAGCAGCCCUAGCAGAAUCCCUCCGUGAACGCGCGCAGAUCGUCGCUGAAAAAGAAGCCGUGCUCGAAGACCAGCACCAGAAGAUGUCGUACAUGUCUAACAAGUUUGAAAGCAUGCUCAAUGAAACACUAGGGAAAAUGCACAAGAAACUCGAAACAGUCAGCCAGCGGUGGAAGGAGAGCGACAACAUCCAUCUGUCAGAUGUCAACCAGCGGCGGCUGGCGGAUUUUCAUUUGACGAGGUUGAUGUUGGGAAAGACUGAGUAG